AUGGGAGACUUCCCAGCGAGUGUCAACACACACACCGGCGGUCACUACGACAACACCCAGCCGAGGCACGGGGGACUGGCUGCCGGCGCCGCCAUGGUGGACGUCUCCUUCGUCCGCAGCAUCCCGGCCAUCCUCAUGAUGGCUGAAGUGCUGCUGGGAUUAAUCCACUGGUCGGUGAUUGUCAGCUCGCCCGUCAUUGUGACGGAGCCGUACGGCUGGGUGCUGUUUGUGGCCAUCACACUGUGGGUCCUCACCAUCGUCCUCUUCUUCCUGAUCUUCUUCGGCGUCCAUCGUCAGAUCGCCGCCGUCCCGUGGACGCUGGUGGUGAUGGUGUACAACGCCGUGGCGACGGUGCUGUAUCUCACUGCCUUUGCAGUCAACGCGGCGUACGUGGACGUCUUAUUCAUCUUCGGCGCUGCCUACGAUCACAUGGCCGCCGCUUCUUUCUUCGGCUUCCUGACGUGGGUGGCGUACGGUGGCAGCGCCGUCCUCGCCUUUUUUGACUGGAAGGCAGAUUCUGGGAGAAACGCUGCGCCCGGCAAUGUGCCGACCUAG